AUGGUUGAGCAAAUUCAUUAUCUGGAAGAUGUGGAUUGUGUGGAAGCUUUGGGUGCCGUUAAAGCGCUUCAAUUUGGAUAUGACUUGGGGUUGGAUAAUAUUCAGCUUGAAGGAGAUUCUUUAAACGUGGUGUCUGCAAUUCAAGGAAAGACAGAAAAUUUAUCGUGUUAUGGUCAUUUCGUAGAUGUGGCUCAGGUACUCCUCUUGCAAUUCCAUUCCUCAUCCGUCUCGCAUGUUUAUAGAGAUGGCAAUUCUGUGGCUCAUUGUUUAAGUAGAUUAGCUUUUGAUUUUGAAUCACCUCGCAUUUGGAUGGAGGAAGUUCCUCCCUCCUUAAUGGCGGUGGUGGCUUCGGAGGCUCCCUCUUCUUUGUAA